AUGGUCAGCACCGAGCAGUGCAUCGCGCUCGCUCACGGAUCCAAGGAGGCUAUCGAAGCUUGCCUGGACGCUCGUCCCCAGGAUGACCAGUACGGCUAUGUCCCGAGUAUCUCGCUGGGAGCCGUAUUCGUAGUGGUCUUCGGCAUCAGCGGACUCGCUCACCUCGGCCAGCUCGUGUAUGCCCGACGGUACUGGUGGAUGGCCUGCAUGGUCGUUGGAAACAUCCUCGAGAUCUUGGGAUGGGCGGGCCGACUGUGGGCGCACUACGCCCCGCUGAGCUUUUCCGCAUACGUGAUGCAGAUCUGCACGCUCAUCAUCGCCCCGACAUUCAUGUCAGCCGCCCUGUACUGGGCCGGCGGACUGAUCAUCUCUCACCUCGACCCGUCAAGAUCCUGGCUCUCGGGCAACUGGUUCAAAGCGAUCUUCAUCGUCGCCGACGUCGUCAGUCUCGUCAUCCAGGCGAUCGGAGGCGGAAUGGCCGGCUCAGCAGUCGGCGUCGACCCCAAGCCAGACCAACUUCGCACGGGCUCAAACAUCAUGCUCGCGGGAAUCGUCAUCCAGCUCGCCGUCAUGGUCUUCUACGUCGCGUACAUGGCCAUCUGGACGUUCCUCGCGCGCCAGAGCGUCAAGCGUGCAGGGGCCCGCGUGCAGCUCAUGCUCCUGGCCUUGUUCGCCUCGUCCCUCGGCAUCAUCAUCCGUGGAUGCUAUCGAACUCCCGAGCUGCACGAGGGCUUCAAGGGCUGGAUCGCAACGCAGCAAAUCUGGAUGCUGUUCGACGCGAUUCCGAUUGCCUUCUCCACCUUCGUUCUCAACGUCAUCCACCCUCACUGGUUCCUCGUCUACCCUCACGACCUCGACUCGGUCUACCUCUCCGACAAGCCGACUUCUUCCUCCUCGCCCGCUUCGACCGCGACUCGUCACGACAGCGAUACAACUGUUGCCCAAGGUCUGCAACAUUCACCUGCGAAAGGCGAGAAGGUCGCGCAGCAGGUCUGA